AUGAGCCUGUUAAAGGAUGCGAUUGAGAGAUUGAAGGAGGAGGGAUUGCAGUGGAAGGGAAAGGAUGUGGAACCAGUGAUUGACAAGAAGAAUUGGAUGAGUUCUGCUCGGCAGUGGAGCACUCCUGUUCACUAUGGGAAUAAUUUUGAUAUCAGAAAUCAAGACUCCAUUUUGCACCGAAAACGAACAUAUAACAGAGAAGAGAAUGGCAAUGGAAAGGAGAACAAAUUUGUUCCAUUUCAGAAACCAUGUAAAGGAACAGCCGAAGAAGAGAAGGGGAUGACCAUAUCAGUUCAUAGUCUAUCCCAGUCCAUUUCAGGUAAUUUUAUGGCACAGCAGCAGCACCAACUGCAGAAGAAACAGAGGAGGUGUUGGUCCCCUGAGUUGCACAAGAGAUUUGUCAGUGCACUCCAUCAGCUUGGAGGUGCACAAGUGGCUACACCAAAGCAAAUUAGAGAAUUCAUGAAAGUAGAUGGCCUCACCAAUGAUGAAGUGAAAAGCCAUUUGCAGAAAUACAGGCUUCAUAUUCGUAAGCUUCCUACUUCGUCGACUGAUGUGUCGAGUUGCUCGCGGUUCACGCAAGAUCAAUGCAAGGCUAAUGUUGCACAAUCUGGCUCCCCACAAGGCCUCUGCAUCUGGCAGGGUCUCCUAAAGGGCUCUCAGCUACCGGUCGAGACAGCAUGGAAGAAGAGGAUAAGUCAGAAAGCCAUUGUUGGAAGGGUCUGCUUCACAAGCCAGUUGAGGAACAACAGUAGGCUUUCAUAA